AUGCAGAAGAUCUUCGUCGCAAUGCAAGUCUUGGUGGUCUUGCUACUGGCGAUUCUUGGUCUGGCUCAGGAUGACCUUGAUCAGUGCGCACUCUCCUGCAUAUCCAAUGUGGCAUCGACGAACUGUAGUCAGAGUGAAUGGUCCUGUCUCUGCGCGAACAACUUAUACAUUGAGCGUAUGAACAAUUGCACCGUGGUGACCUGUCUUGACGCCUCAGACCAACAAGACACUUUCUCAGUGGUGGCCGAACUCUGUGCCGUCAUUGGCGUCCCUAUCACGAUUGGACCAGAAGCGACCAUUCUUACAACGACGUCGAACCCUCUGCUCACCACUAAUGUGAUAGCAACCCAGUCUGAGCUCCCUCCUGUGAUGAAUGCUACUAGCAUCACCACUUCCGAAUACAGUUCGGGUUCAAGCAGGAGCACUACGUCAAGUGUCCCACAAACGGGGACGGGUACUUCGAAUGGACCUUCGGCAACAGGUUCGGUGGCAAGCUCCACCACAAGCGCAGACGCAACGACGAAUCAAUCAUAUCGACUACUAUCACCAUGGCCGACAAUCUUGAUACUGGGCAUUGUGGCUGGCAUGAUCACCGGCAAGGCGUUAUGA